GGAGUUCUCUUAGCAAGAUCUUACCUGUGUCCUUUUCUCCUUUACUGUUGUUCUGUGAAAGUUUCUUCUGCAAAUUAGAUCUUCACUGUUUUUCAUAUCAAGUACAGGUUUUGAGUUUGCUUAUGUUGAGGAAAUGCGUAUUAUGAAUCUUUGAGCUGAUUCAUGCAUGAUCAGAACUUUAUGAUUCUUGAGCUGAACCUCGUUUUGGUGUGAACUUCAGAGGGCAUGGUGUUAACAUUCUACAUUAUCUGUUAGCUAUUUCAUAACUUUUUUACCAUGGAGACGAUGCAAGCCAGCUAUGGUUUGCACUGCCAGUGAUUUACAGCAAUGGAAAGAUUUUCCAAAAGGGCUUCGGGUUCUUCUUCUUGAAGGAGAUAGCGGUUCUGCUACCGAGAUAAGAGCAAAGCUUGAGGCCAUGGACUAUAUUGUUUUUACUUUCUACAAUGAGAAUGAGGCCUUGUCAGCAAUCUCUAGUGAUCCUGAAGGCUUCCAUGUUGCCGUGGUGGAGGUGAGUACAAGCAGCAACCAGGGUGGUUUCAAAUUCCUUGAGAAUGUGAAGGACUUGCCUACCAUUAUGACUUCCAACAGUCAAUGCCUGAAUACAAUGAUGAAGUGCAUCGCGCUUGGCGCAGUUGAAUUCCUCACUAAACCACUCUCUGAGGAUAAGCUCAAAAAUAUUUGGCAGCAUGUAGUUCACAAGGCAUUCAAUGCUGGGACAAAUGCUCCGUCUGAAUCACUAAGACCUGUCAAAGAAUCUGUAGAGUCCAUUUUACAGCUCCAAACUGAUAAUGGACAGCAUGAAAGUAAUAUUUCAAUAGAUAUAGAGAACGUGUCCAGGUUAGGUGAUAAUGACCAUGAGCAGUCGGUUGGAAGUGAUAAAUAUCCGGCUCCUUCAACCCCGCAAUUAAAACAAGGGGCAAGGUUACUAGAUGAUGGUGAUUGCCAUGAGCAAACUAAUUGCUCAACAGAAAAAGAAAGUGGGGAACAUGAUGAGGAAUCUAAAUCUGUCGAAAUUUCUUGUGAGAAUUUAAACACGGAAAGUUCUUCUCAGCUUAGUAAACCUGAAAAGACUCUGAUUAAGGAGGAAGAGGCUUUUGCCGAUGGUUCCAAGGGUGAGAUUGCUGUUUCACAGAAUGAAGAUAAUAGAAAGUUUCUCGGCAGUGCUGAGGGUAAUGAAUCUCCAAAUAAAACAGGUGUUCUUAGUGAUUCCUGUGAGAAGAAAGCUAAUCGGAAGAAGAUGAAAGUUAACUGGACACCUGAAUUGCACAAGAAAUUUGUAAAGGCAGUGGAACAGUUGGGUAUUGAUCAUGCCAUCCCGUCUCGAAUAUUGGAGAUCAUGAAAGUGGAGGGCUUGACGAGGCACAAUGUUGCAAGCCAUCUUCAGAAAUAUAGAAUACACAAGAAACAAAUCAUGCCUGGGGAAGACGACCGAAAAUGUCAGAAUCCAAGAGAUCCAAUGCAAAGGAGCUAUUGUUUGCAAAGACCAAUCAUGGCCUACCCACCAUAUCAUUCUAACCACACCCUUCCUCCGGCUCCUAUGUAUCCAAUGUGGGGACAACCUGGCAGUCAAACAGCUGGUGUGCAGAUUUGGGGUAAUCAUGGUUAUCCCCUUUGGCAUCCUACAGAAAGUUGGCACUGGAAGCCAUAUCCCGGAGUAAUUUUUUUAUUCAGGAUCAAAAUGCAUGUGGAUGCAUGGGGGUGUCCAGUGUUGCCAUCUCCUCAAGCUUCUCCUUUUCCCUACACUCAAAAUGUGGCUGGGUGGCACAAUGCUAAAGCAAUGGAUUAUAGAUUCAGCAUGCCACAGAGUUCUGUAGAGAAUUAUCCGGCGGAGGAGGUGGUGGACAAGGUUGUGAAGGAGGCAAUGAGCAAGCCAUGGCUCCCCUUGCCCUUAGGCCUCAAACCUCCUUCCAUGGAUACUGUCUUGUCUGAGCUCUCCAGCCAAGGCAUAUCCGGCAUCAUCCCUUUUAGCAGCACCAAGGGCUCUAUACCCCGCUGACCUGUACUCCAGAUAACUGACCCCACUUAUGGCGAUGCGAUGCUGUAGCUGGCAUGUGUCAAUCAUGUACAAAUGCCACUGUCAACACUCAUUUUUCAACACUCUGUCAACACUCAUUUUUCAACACUCUUUUACUCAAUCUAAUUCUUGUGUUCCAACAGUGAGACCCAUAUAAUUUAGUACAUCCCACAUCUUUUACGAUGAAUAAAAGAUUGUUAAAGUGAGUGUUGAUAGCAUUUGUCAAUUAUUUUUGAGCAAUUUCUUUGGGUAGCCCAUUUAAAUUGGAGAGGUUGCAUACCUUUUUGCCUUAGACUUGUCAUGCUUUCUUUUUGUACUAAACUUCUGUAAUUUACAAUCUUGUCCUUUAUAUUCUAAACAAUGGAUUGAAGGGUACUGAACCCUCUCAUUUUCAAAGGAUACCAGAACAAGGCAACGUCCUUAUUUUUGUACCUCAAAUUUUAUCUCAGGGUCCAACUAUAGUAGGUUGCCUCUGAAAUUGAGACUA